CACAGCUUAUAUAGUUCCUGUUUGGCUUGAUAUCGACAGUGAUACCUUUCCCCUCACGCGUCGACCAACCAUCAGAUCUUCAGAGGCGACCUUCCACGCUACCGCUGAGGGUCCUAUCUAACGAGUAGCCAUGAUCGUGAAAGAGUAUGCGGCCUCCGAGAAGAACACCGAAUCAUACAACAACAGUUUGAAUGUGCAGAAUCCGGACGCACCUCCUCCGUAUGAAGAGAUCGCUGGUACAUCAUCGAUUCGAUUCGUUAAUCCUGGACCGCCUUCAUCGUCGCAGCUCUCAAGUCCUGUGUCGGUAGACCACAGACCGUCCGCAUCGCAGCUCCAGAGCCCUGCAUCGCCACCCGUACCUGCCUCUGUGCUCCUCCGCUCUCCGCAAGAGAAGACCGUCAAUCACCUGUCGUUGUACUCGCGGCACGAUCCUAUCAUUGGAACAUAUCUCGUGGAUCCCCAUCUGAAGCAUCCGCUCUCGCAAAGCAAGCGGGAUCGUUCGCUCGAUAAAACUCACGCGAGAAACGUGCGCGACGUGUUUGGCUCCGUGCCAGGCGAUGAGGACGACGGGUGCGAGUCGGAUGAGUCAGAUAAGAAGGGAUGGCUGCGGAGGCGCGGCACGCGCAGGCCGGAAGUCAUCCUCGGUAUCGUGGGCUCAGAUGCUGCUGCGUCGCAGUCCGCAGAACGCAAGGCGCGCGGCCGUGUGAUGCUGUCAAGUCGCCAUGGGCGCAUCGAGGCCAAGCUCACGGAGAUCCACCCAAAUCGCUGCGUCGACCUGGACGUUUCUACUCGCCAUGGCAAUAUCACGAUAUACCUUCCUCCCAAUUACGAUGGUGUCAUUGCACUCAGAACUCGUCGAGGUCCUAGCGGUGUCACUUUCCUCCCAGCCUUCGCCGCACAGGCACGGGUCGUGCGUGGAAACGACCACGAGAUGCUGGUCUCCCUCUCAUCUACCACCUCACACACGGAAGUCUCCACCCCGCAAGAGAACGAAGACUACUGCAUCGUCGGUACGCGGCACGGGAAGAUCACAAUUGGACUGCACGGCCAAGACGAGGAGUCUGCAGUUGCACGGAGCAAUGGGCUCGUCGACCUCGUGGGUGCGCUGGUAGGGACGGGAGCGAAGCAGUUUGGCAGCAUGAUACAGGGGAGUACGCAAGCGGGCCUGAAGAUACUUGAGUCGACACUGCAAGCGAGUGCGAGCGCGCGUGCGAAUGCAUUGCAGGCUCAGCAAUCCGCGCGCGAAAUUGCAUUGCAGGCGCAGCAAUCCGCGCGCGAAAAUUCAUUGCAGGCGCAGCAGUCUGCGCGCGAGAGUGCAUUGCAGGCGCAGCAGUCCGCGACGCGGGUAAGGGCGAGGGCGGCUGAGACUGCCCGUCUGGCGAGGGCGAGGGCGGCUGAGACUGCUCGCCUGACGAGGGCGAGCGUCUUUCAAGCGAGAUCCCAGGUGCUUGGGAAGUACUAGGUUUAUGUUUUGUUCUCGAAUUCGGGCCAGGACAGUGCACCUUUAUUUCGUCGCGCAUCCACUAGCAGUUCGGAUUCACCUGUUACACCACUAUUUGCCGUGAUGUAUGUAUUUGUGAUCUGUGAUCAUGCACCUUCUGUAUGAAUAUUUUGGAGGAUGAUAAA